CUUUACGCCUGAUCAUCAAAUGAACAUAAACGGUCAUAUGAACACGAUGUUUCGCAUAAUACCAAUCUUGAUAGUAACGUUCUCUCUGCAAAUUGUUGAUGGCACGGAGAAUCGGAUCGUCGGAGGUCGACCUGCGUCCGAAGGGGAAUUUCCGUUUCAGGUGUCCUUGAGGAGAUCUUACAAUGAUAAUCAUUUCUGCGGAGGUUCUUUGAUCGAUCCGUCGCACGUUUUAACUGCUGCACAUUGCAUGUAUUACAUUUGGGGCGGAAUUUUGCCGCCGUUCGUUGUUAGCGUUGUGGCGGGACAACUGAAUUUGACGAUGACAGAGAAAAGUGUCUACCGUAACGCCUCUGUCAUCACAGUUCACCCUGGUUUCGACAAGAAGUUGAUGACCAACGAUGUAGCCAUCAUCGAGUUGAGUGAACCUUUUCCCACUGAAGAAAAUCCUUUAAUAGCGACCAUACCUUUAAGAGAGGAUCAUCUUGAUCAUGGUACUUGCGUAGUGAGCGGCUGGGGCGUCGAGAAGCACACUUCGGAAAACGUGAGCGAAAUCCUGCUGGCAGCCAACGUCGAUAUCGUCAAUAAAAAGAAGUGCAAUGAAUUGUAUGGUGGAGACACCAUCAAGGAAAGCAUGAUGUGUGCCGGUGACAAAACCGGAGAACGUGACGCGUGCCAAGGAGACUCAGGAGGUCCGCUCUUGUGCAACGGUUUGUUGACCGGCGUUGUCUCAACCGGAGACGGAUGCGCCAAUCCGAAUUUUCCGGGAAUCUACGCGGACGUCUCCAACUUGAUCCCAUGGAUUAAGGAUAAUUCUGAAUACGGAGGAAAGACCAUAGUUUCAGACACCGAAGAAACGACUGUAAUUGACUCCACUGUUACAACAAUCAUUACCACACUCUUGCCAGAAGCUAACCGAAUCAUCGCCACUUCCAAACCGAGAACGAUAAACGGGACUGCGAGAAAUAUCAGUUUUUCCAUAGCUCUUCUAAUAAUGAGUUCAGUGUAUUCACUCAUUCGCUAUUUUUUAGGAUAAUUUUGAUUUUUUAACUAACAUACGAUUAAUCAAUUCACUUCUUAUUUUUUUUAGUUUAUAUUCAUGUAAUCAAAUUUUAUCCAAAAAUUGUCUUGUUAAAGUUGUAAACAAAAAUGCUGUGAUAUUGUCAAUAUAAUAAAGAGAGAAUUUUUAAAA